AUGGAAAAUUGCAACCCGGUAUCAACACCAAUGGAACCAAGUGCAAAAUUAUCAAAGUUCGAUGGAGGGGAACGUGUUGAUGCGAGUAGAUACCGGAGUUUGGUAGGAAGCCUUCGAUAUCUCACAUGCACAAGGUCGGAUCUUUCGUUAAGUGUCGGCAUUGCAAGUCGGUUCAUGGAGGAGCCGGUUUAUUCACAUUGGAAGGCAUUGAAGCGAAUCCUACGAUACAUCCAAGGAACAGUUUCACUCGGGUUGUUCUACUCGAAAGCAGAAGAUUACAAAUUGGUUGGGUACUCCGACAGCGAUUGGUGCAGAGACAUAGACGAUCGGAAAAGCACAUCGGGAUAUGUGUUUUUUAUGGGAGAUACUUCGUUUACUUGGCUUUCAAAGAAGCAGCCGAUCGUGACGCUCUCGACGUGUGAAGCAGAAUAUGUGGCAGCAUCUUGGUGUGUAUAUCAUGUGAUAUGGCUUAGAAAUUUGUUGAGCAAGAUGGAGCUAAAGCAACUAGGUGUAACUGUGAUUCAUGUUGACAACAAAUCAGCAAUUGAGUUGGCAAAACCCAGUGAACCAUGA